AUGAAUGCUAGAUCAUCCAAGCAUGACGAGAAGGACAAAAGUCAAUCUGGCUCAAGGAAGAGUCACAGAUCGGAUGAUCAAUCUGAUAAGAUUAAAGCUGCAUUGGAACGAAAAGCAAAAUUAUACGAUCAACUUCAAAGAGGCAAAACUGGUGGUCUCAGUGAAGAGAAAUUUCAAAAUUCUUUAGUAGAUUGGGAUAGGAAAGCACUUGCCAGCACAAGUGAUGAAGAAGAACAAGAACAAGAUCGAAAUGCUGAGGACCACCGUAAACAAAAUCUCGCGGAUAGUUCUGAUGAUCCACUUGUAGAAUACGAAGAUGAAUUCGGAAGAACAAGGACAGCACGCAAAAGUGAAUUGCCAAGACACGUUCAUCGAGAACAGCAAAAGGCAGAGGAGAACUCAAGCAACGAACAUAUGGUCACUUAUGGCCCUUCGACAAACUUCCCCGUCUAUAAACCUGAUCCUACGCAAAGAGCCCGUGAGAUGGGAAAUAAAGAAGGUAUAGCAUCCUACAAACGUUCAGGUCCUGAUCAUUUUGAUUCACGUUCGGAGAAAAGACAUAGAGGUGCAGGCUUCUUUCAAUUCAGUCAAGAUGAAGAAAUACGUAAACGUCAAAUGGACGAAUUACACGAGGAGAGACAGACCACUCAGAAACGCCGUAGUGGUCUCGAUGACAAGAUCGAGAAGUAA